GGGGGAAAUGAAAAUAAUCAUGCAAAAUCAGAUCAAGAAAGUUGAUGAUACAUCCACUCAAUUAAUUCAUGGCUAAAUAUUUCAUGCCUUGUUUGAAAACUCCCAAGUCAACCUCUCUGUUGAUCUCUCUGAUAUUGAUCCUGCAAUUCUCUUUAAUCAGUAGCCACGGAGGUCAUGAUGGAAACGACAGCAGCGAGGGUAACGUACAUUUGCAUUCGAAAAGCUUGAUUCUGGUGAAAGUAUGGUGUUUGAUCAUACUGCUAGUUACCACAUUCGCAGGUGGUAUCUCUCCCUACUUCUAUCGAUGGAACGAGAAUUUCCUUCUCUUGGGCACACAAUUUGCCGGCGGGGUUUUUCUAGGGACCUCUCUCAUGCAUUUCUUGAGCGAUUCGGCUGAUACUCUUAGCAAUCUCACUACCAAGACAUACCCUUUCUCGUUCAUGCUAGCCUCUGCUGGCUAUCUUUUAACCAUGCUUGGUGAUUGCAUAGUGAUGUUCGUAACAAGGUCAGGUGCUGAAAGAGAAGCUAGAGUGCAAGUGGAUGAAGGAGUGGUAGCUCAAGAGGAUGAUAAAGAUGUGGCCAUGAAUGCCGAUCCCAUUUUCUUGAAGACCACGUCUCUUGGGGACACCAUACUACUCAUCCUUGCCUUGUGUUUUCAUUCAGUUUUUGAGGGAAUAGCCGUUGGAGUUGCAGGGACUAAGGGAGAGGCAUGGAGGAAUCUUUGGACUAUAUCAUUGCACAAAAUCUUUGCAGCCAUUGGAAUGGGAAUCGCUCUGCUUAGGAUGCUCCCGAAGAGGCCAUUUCUAUUAACCGCGGCAUAUUCUUUUGCUUUUGCUAUUUCCAGCCCCCUUGGAGUAGGGAUAGGCAUUGCCAUUGAUGCCACUGCUCAGGGCCAAGAAGCUGAUUGGAUCUUUGGUAUCUCUAUGGGGCUUGCAUGUGGAGUUUUUAUCUAUGUUGCCAUCAACCAUCUCAUAGCUAAAGGAUUCCAUCCACAAGCUAAAUUGUACUUCGACACUCCAUUCUUCAAGUUUGUUGCUGUGUUCCUUGGGGUGGGAGUUAUUGCAGUUGUUAUGAUUUGGGAUUGAUUAAAAUAAUUCUGCUUAAUGUCCAUGUAGACAUAUGAAAAAAUAUAUAUAUGUGGCUGCAGACUGGGAGUUCAUCUUUCCUUUGUUUGUAGUCACAACGUUAAUUAAACACAAUAUUCUGAUUA